AUCUCCCAGAACGAAGCAUCACAGGCAGGUUGCUAAAUCUGCCCUAGAGGUUGAUGGGUGAGAGGAAGCAAAUGGGGUUCAGAAGUGUUUUGGCUUGCCAAUUCGUGCAACGUUUUGCCCUUUGUCCUCAGGGCAUCCUUGGAAUUGGUGUGUGAGGGUGUGUGAAAGCAGCAAGGUUUGCUCCAGUUCCUGGUGUAGCUGUGCCAUCACUUUGCAGUAGGUUCCAGGAUUCUUUGAGCUGCCUUUUGUCAUAACCCAGCCUAUUUCUGUGAAAGGCUGUCUGCUUGAAAUAGCCACAGAAUGAGGGUAUGAGUGCUAGAAGAGAGACUCUUCCCCAAGCCUUCAGCCACUGUCAUUGUUUUGACAUAUAUUUGUCCUUGCAUGGCACUGACACGACUACGUGCAUGUAUGUUCUCCUUCCUAAAAAUGUUACAGCAAAAAUAAGAAGGAAAAUCUCAAUCCCUUUUCAGUAAGAAAUCAAAUGCUUCCUUAGAUGGAAUUUCUCUUCCCAGUGGCAGAUUUCAUGCAGGGGCACUCAUUUGCUGCACCCAGAACGAUGAAGGAUUUUUCUUUGAGUCACCCAUAGGCUUCACAUCAGGUCUGUCCUUCUGGGCAGUGGGCAUAUGAAGCAAACUGUGUUUACUGAUCCACGUGUGGCUCCACUGUCACUCCUGCAGCACCAAACGGGGACCAUCUGCCAACAUGCUCUGUCUGACCAUGGGUAGUUCCUGAUGUCACAUGCUGUGGCUUGCAGCUGGAAAAGCAAUGCUUUCCUCUUGCUGUAUAAAUCAUGCAUGUCUUCACUCCUCUAGGACUACAAGUCUUUGCAUCUAGGAUGAUUGAAAGCAUUUGCUGUUCAGGUCACACUCUGGUAAACUCUGUCAAAUGCCAUUUCCUUUUCUCCCACUGAUGAAGAGUUUCUUUAAUGUGCUGAUCCAAACCUGGGGAAAUUUCCCUGUUGGCCUACUGCAAGGUACCAAUCUAAAUCUCUUAGUUCUGAAGAGCAUAGAUGCGAAGCUGCCCAGGCAUUCUUUAGUGUUUAAUUAAGGACAUACUGAAGAGAGUUUUAAUUGUAUUCUUGUAUAUUUGUGUCAAGUUCUUUUUCCUGAACCUGAGUGGCCACACAACUGAGGGGCAAUUUCUUUUAAUUAAUUACCCAAAUUGCAGCAAGAUUGCUGGCCUCAAAUCCCAGCUCAAACAUGUGGGAAAAGGAAUGGCUUGGCUCACAGCAAAAAUGAACUUACUGCAAGCCUAAUGCUUUCGAGCAAACUGAUACUGCAUUUGUAAGUGAGUUAUUAACACUAGAAUUGACUGUCUGUCAUGGGAACAUACUGUUUGUGACACAGCUGAAACCCCAUGGAAGCUUUCUGCUACAGCUGACAGUGUUUUUCAGUGCUAAUUGCAGCACUUUAAGCUUACCAGCAUCGCUUGUGGGGGUCUGUGGGCAAGGUGCUACACAGCUACCAGCUAUUUCUUUUUCAGUUUUGAAACGGUGCUGAAGUAGAUCAAUGUCCUGCAGGCCAAGAAGAAGUUUGAGAUACUGGAUGCGGUUGCAUGGGUCAGCAUACCAACUCCUCGGUCUGCCCUGGAGAUUCUGUCUGUCUGGGACUGCUCGGGGGCUGCAGAUGCUGUCCUUCAUGCACGCCCAGUACACCUUCUUCCAGCAGGGCUACAGUCUUCUCCAUGAGCUGGAUCCCUACAUGAAGAAGCUUGCCACAGAGCUGGACCAGCUGGUGAUUGAUUCCGCAGUGGAGAAGAGAGAGAUGGAGCAUAAGCAUGCAAUGAUACAGCAGAGGGACUUCUCCUAUGAUGACUCAAAGGUGGAGUUUAAUGUUGAUGCCCCAAAUGGAGUGGUGAUGGAAGGCUACCUCUUCAAGAGAGCCAGCAAUGCUUUCAAAACAUGGAAUCGGAGGUGGUUCUCCAUACAGAACAGCCAGCUGGUGUACCAGAAAAAACUAAAGGAUGUCCUCACGGUGGUGGUGGAAGACCUGCGGCUCUGUACUGUCAAGCCAUGUGAAGACAUAGAGAGGAGGUUCUGCUUUGAGGUUGUCUCACCUACCAAGAGCUGCAUGCUGCAGGCUGACUCGGAGAAGCUGCGUCAGGCCUGGAUUCAGGCUGUUCAAGCCAGCAUCGCUUCUGCGUACCGGGAGAGUCCUGACAGCUACUAUAUUGAAAGACUGGACCGAACUGCUUCCCCAUCAACUAGCAGCAUUGAUUCUGCUACCGACUCACGGGACCGCAAUGUGAAAGGGGAGACCAUCUUGCAAAGAGUGCAGAGCAUCCCUGGGAACGACCAGUGCUGUGACUGUGGUCAGCCAGAUCCCCGGUGGGCCAGCAUCAACCUGGGCAUUCUGCUAUGCAUUGAGUGCUCUGGUAUCCACAGGAGUCUAGGUGUCCACUGCUCCAAAGUCCGAUCUCUCACCCUGGACUCCUGGGAGCCAGAGUUACUGAAACUGAUGUGCGAGCUGGGGAACAGCACCAUGAAUCAGAUCUAUGAGGCACAAUGUGAAGAACUGGGACUUAAGAAACCAACAGCAGGGAGCUCCAGGCAGGACAAGGAAGCCUGGAUCAAGGUGAAAUACGUGGAGAAGAAAUUCCUGAAGAAGCUACCAAGUGGAGAGGCUCUGGCAGAGAACGAGCGGAAACCUCGACGUUGGUGUGUGAAGAAGUGCCAGAGGAACAACAGCACCACAAAAGCACCCACAGCUCGCAGGAAGUACCGCCACGAAGCGGGCAACGCAUCACCAGCCAUGUUGUCAUCAGCAGCCACGCUGGAGAGGAAGUUCCGUCGAGAUUCCCUCUUUUGCCCUGAUGAACUGGACUCUCUCUUCUCCUACUUUGACACUGGUGCUGGCUCUGGCCCACGCAGUGCCAGCCACAUCUCUAUGCAGCAUCCACUAACAGGAGGCCCAUGGAGUGGCAGUGGCAUUGGUCCCGGUGGGAGCGGUAUGCCGUUCCUCCUGGACGGAGGUCUGAGCAGUGACAGCGGACUUGGAGGAAGCACAGAUGGCAGCACUGAUAUCCUGGUGUUUGGCUCUGUGGUGGACAGCGUGACAGAGGAAGAGUGUGAGGUAUCAGAGGAGUCAAGUGGAGAAGCAGAGAUUGAACAGGAGGCAUCAGAUCUGGAGGACCUGAGGGAGCUGCAUCCUGGCUUGUUGAUCUACAAGGCAGCACAGGCCCGAAACCUGCCGCUCAUGGCAGAAGCCCUGGCACAUGGGGCUGAAGUCAACUGGGUGAAUGAUGAAGAUGAAAACAAAACUCCUCUGGUUCAAGCUGUGAUGGGGGGCUCCUUGAUAGCCUGUGAAUUCCUGCUGCAGAAUGGGGCAGACGUUAACCAAAAAGAUAGCAGAGGCCGGGCUCCCUUGCAUCAUGCCACGUAUAUGGGACAUACUGGCCAGGUCUGCUUGUUCCUCAAGCGAGGGGCAAACCAGCACGCAGUGGACAGUGACGGGCAGGACCCGCUCAGUAUUGCAGUCCAGGCAGCCAACGCAGACAUUGUUACCUUGCUGCGUCUGGCUCGAAUGAAUGAGGAAAUGCGAGAAGCAGAGGGCCCCUUUGGACAGCCAGGUCAAUAUCCCAGCAACAGCCCCACUGAGCUCCAGUACAAGAAGUGUAUACAGGAGUUCAUCAGCCUUAAUAUAGAUGAGUGUUAGUGACAACUUCCCCACCUCCCCUUUUGCUGUCUUGAAAUGGGGCUGGAUUUUUGGAAGCCCCAAGAGCCCCAUCCUUGGUAUACUGGUGUUUCUAGCAGAUUGGUCUGUUUUUGAUGCCUGAGCAUAUGGGUUGAAAUGCACGCAGGAAGGAAUGGGGUCUUUCCUCUUAGUGUGAAGUUCUCAUACUUGACUACUGGAUGGUUGAUUUUGUGUAGGAGACUCUUGGGGCAUAACCACAGACCAUGAUGUGUGGAUUUGAGUGCGUGAAAAGUAUGGGAGAUGAGUUUAGCGUUAAAUAAAGAGAAAAAAAAAACACAAAACAAAAAAAAAAAAAAAAAGGGAAAGAAGAAAAGGAAACCCUCUAUCACCAGGAGAAGCCCACCAACAAUACGGUCAGACGAACCUGUCGUGUCUCUCCUUCAGUGCAGUCACCGCGCGCUGAAUUCUUGUCUGAACCAUUUGUUUGGAAGGGAUUCUGAUGGGGAGCCCUCUCCUGGCAGUGUGCCCAGCAGCCUGCUUUCUCCUGGGAGUCUGCAGCAUCUGCGAGCUGCUGGGACCAGUUUAGAAAACUCAGACGUGACCUCUUAAGUUGGGAACGUGGUGUUUCUUGGGGUUAAUUCUUCGCUCCAGAAGGCAAAAGAGAAGGGGUAGAAUUGAGAGCGAUGGCUGCCCACCUUACUUGCUCUCAGGACUAUUACUAGCCACGCUCCCCUUUUAUUGGCCUUGGUGGUUAGCUGGUCAAAGCCAUAGCUCACCUGCUUCCUGGACCAAGAUGCAGUCUGCACAGUGGUAGGAAGCAGCGAUGCUAAUCUGUUGAGGCUGGGAGAAGCUUGUCGCUGGCGAUGGGCUUUUGUGUCAGGGAAGAAAAGCCAAGUCCAACUCCCAGUGCCAAAACGGCUGUCUGCACGAUGCCAUUUGGUUUGGUUUGUUUCCUAGUCACCGGAUUUCUGACUUUGUAUCUCUGUGAAGGAGACUUCUACCUGCAUGUGUAUCCCUCUGUGCUCACCCCGCAUGUGAGUAGGGCAUCUCAGCAGCUGGCCCAGGGACUUUUGAGUUUCCCUGAUCCAGUGGCCAGCACAAUCUUCUUCUGGUUUCUUUCCUUUCUGGUGUUAUUCUUUGCUGGAGUGGGAAUGUGUUUUGACUCGGAGCACUUUGUUGCUAAUGCUUAUGGUCUGUGUUCUGGGGAUCGUUCUGCAUUAGCUGCGCAGAGGUGCUGUCUCCAAUGGACAUACAGAACACGUGUACCACUGAUAGAUUGCCCUCUGGCUGGGAAUUUGGAUGCCAAGCUGAGACGUGCUCCUGUAAGCCAAGUGCUCCUGUAAGAGCCACUUCAGCAUGCCCUCAAACUGCUGUAGACAUCAGUGUGUUUCAGGACUCGUGGUGGCAACCCACAGUUGAUAUUUAGCCUGCCUGGGCACCUAGGCUGCUAGGUGUUGGGCCAUAGUGCCUUACAGAUACUUUUGGGAUCCUGAGGGGGUCUGGAUCUCAUGAGGAACGCAAAAUACCAGGCAGAGUUCCCCAUCCUCCUGCAUUACAUCCGCAGUGAUACACAAUCACGCUAUUUUUCAUCCGAUACCUUUGACUUCUUUCCUUUCUUUGCAAACUGGCUGCUGUCUUGCUGCGGCCCUUGGUGGGUUCAGUCCUUGCAGGUUUAUUUCUAAGGGCAUUGGUCUGUCCUCAGGAGAACAACCAGCUCUCCACUUGAGAUGGUGCCCUCAGAGACUGAACCAGCUGCACCUCAACUCCACCCAUUUGUCUGAAGGUGGAAAAAUCAAGAAGCUCAGGCUCUGGCAGCCGUCUCCUCAGUUCCAGGGAGAAUCCCUGCUUCCUUAGGAAGGUGCUGUCCCACGUUCUGCUUCAGACAGGGCACAGUUUUCUGUCUGUGCAAUCUGUGGCUUGAAGUCCAUCUUGGGGUUUUCUCAUUCCCGUUCCCUUUAGAGCUGGGAGAUGCCCAGUGCCACAGCCCCAGCUGUGUCGUGAACCUGAAAUAGUCCUAGUGAACACACUGAGCCUGCUGCAGAAUGGUAGUAAGGGGGAAUCUGGCCCCAGGGCUUUUCUUCCUUCCCUAAAUAACACAAUUCAUGAGCUUAGCCCCAUCCGCUUCCAUCGCUCCACCUGUUCCGAGUGCUUUGUACUCAGCUCACUGCUGCUGGAUUUGGUCCCCAUUGGACACCCUUCUUGUGAGCUGAGCCUGCUGGUUUUGCAGCCAGCCUUCAGCAAGACUGUGCCCAACCAGCACUUCAAUGCUCAGAGCAGGACAGGAACCAGUGUGCAGCCAAAAACUGCCUCUGCUGCUGGGGUUAGGAAUUGAGAGACCUCUAAUUAAUCCUCUUCGAUCCCAUCUUAUGCUGAUCUGCAUCAGUUUAGAUGUUAGAGCUGAAAUGGUCUCCCCAAGCUGUGCUCUUUUUCUUGAAGAGGGAGACCACACUGCAUCAAAGCUGGCAUCUUUCAGGGUACUUCAGAGAUGGUAAAAGCAGAAUCCACAUUUCACCACCACCGUGGUCCUGCUCUGUAGAUGAAUUUCAGCACGGUUAUCAUCUAGCAACGUUUCUCACAUGCACAACAGCUUAACAGCACCCCAGUCGGUUUUCCAGCUUUUUAUGAGAAGUUAGAAAUAGGACUGACCUUUCUGUAAGCCGAUGAGGACCGGAGAUGUGGCUUCCAUUUUUGGGUCAUUUUAUUUCACAGUCAGCAUUAGUGACUCAUAAGAACAAGACAGAAAUCAUGUACAGGUAGGUCCAAUGAAGCUCAGACUCACUGCUGAAGUACAUGAAGUUAAAGCAUAUGUAAAUACUGAUGCAAAAAGCAGUGUCUUGCAAGACAAUUUAUUUAACAUGUAUUGGUACUUUAUUUAGAUUCAGUGUAUAAAGCGACUUUGUGCACUUUUCCUACAUACAGUAUUGGGGGGUUUUAUGUUCUUUUGUUAUGGGUUUUGUGCUGUCUUUUUUUUUAAUCAGUGAAAUUGUUAAGUAUUUAAUUUAUUAUUGAUGUGCCCAGAGGACUAGUGCAAUUUUUAUUCAAUACAGUUUGUCUGUAUUUAACGUCAGGAUUUUUUUGUAGCAGUGUUAGGGAAUAUUUUUCAAAUCCUGCCUAUUUUCCCUACCAUUUUCCUUUCUCCCCAACCCCCCCUUUCUCUUCUAUUUUCAUUACACAGAUGGUGAGGCAUUCAAUGCCUCUAGUUUGUAAUAUAACCAAACACUUCAGUACGUCCUGCGGUUUCUAAAACAAACAAACAAAAAAGGUUCUCCAGGAAAAUAAUGUUAAGGAGGCACUUCUCAAUGUUUUCUGUGUUUAUUUGCUUUCUUGGAUUGGGGUGUGUGUGUGUGUGCGCGUGUGCCUAGAUGCAUGGAGUGGGAAAGUUGUACAAAACAAGUUUGUUUUCAGCUCAAGGGAAGGUUAGACAUGAACACUCAUCUUCUUUCAGUUCAAAUACGGCUGUAUUGGUGUUGUACAAUCACGUUUGAAAUAUUUCAUGCCAAAAAACGACUCUUCUCGUUCUUCCUUUAAUCUCGAAGAGUGCGUUCAGUAUCCCUGUGACAGUGAUUUGCACCCACGCUUCACAUGAGAAGCUUUGCCUUUGUCUAGAAAGCAACAUGCCAGGCGUUCUCCAAACACAGAUGGACUGAAACCUGCAGAUUCUGUCAUCUCCUGUGUUUUUGAAUAUUUAGAUACCUGUACCAGCUUUUGAGUUGACCCAAACCCUGGAACCAGGUGUCCAGAAGCGUAACCUAGGUUUCAGUUUGAGGGGUCUGGCAUAUCACCCAUUCCACGUGGGACAACUUCAAGUUGCUGGCAAGUUGAGAUGAUCCCCCUUGUGAUCCAUGUGUCAUCUGGGCUUGCCUCAGGUGUUUUUGAUAUCACAGUCUCUGCAAUAUGCAGUUCCUUUGAACAGUCUCAAGGCAAAACACAGAACAGGAAGAACUGAUGUUCUUAAAGGAGAAAAGAUUUGGCAAGCUGAGACUGCCAUCAGCAUAAAACAGAUCAGUAACAGCUCAGCAUAGCCCCAAGGGGCUCUUAUUAUGCAAAAGUACAACAGGACCUCCUAAAGUGAUGCACUGACAGAUGGCUGUCCAGUGGCCUAACGCAGCUAUCAGCUGCUGGGCUGCCUUUGCCCCACCUCCCGCUCACUGCCCGAGCAUUAUUGCUUUCAACCAAAGACAAACCAGAAUGAACGGCUUCAAUGUGAUAUUUAAACCACAGGAUUGCUGAGGGCAAACGUCUGUGUGUGUGUGUGUGUGUGUGUGAGAGAGAGAGCAUUUGGUGCUGUUAGGUGGAGAAGAGGUGGGGAAGGAGGGACCGAGCAGGAGAAAGGAGAGUGGGAGGUUGUAAGAACGCUUUGUUUUGAGAUUCCAAACUAUAGAGUGCUGCUUCCAUAGGAUGAUGAUUCGUAUCGCAGUCUGCCUGCGGGUUCCUCUGCCUUGGAAGGGAGCUGGGCUGAGAUGCAGCCUUUGGGAGCUGUACAGCCAGCAUUAGUGGGAAGACAGAAUGGUUAUGGAGAGCAAGCAAGGGGUGGAGGUGGGGUAGGAGCACACGAGCGUUGGUGUGGAUUCCCCAUCCUGGAGGAAGGCAGGUGAGCUCAGCCGGCCUCUUGGUGGCCAAAUCUCCUUCUGAGCCUAAAGCCUUCACUCCAGGGCUGGCGCCUGCUGUAAAUACACAUCACCUGUUAACCCCUCACCUGCCUGCUGCCAGUAACACUUUGGACCACGUUUUUUAAUCCCCCCCCUCUUCUUCCACACAGCCUGUACCGACUGUAACUAUGGAACCAGAUAUUCUGUAUGUUAUUAUCUUUGUACCAUUUUAAAGCUGUUGCUGUGAUGUCUGCCUUUUUUUCCUCCUUUUUCUUCUUCUGUCUCUUGAAACACUGUUAAUAAAAACCUAGAUGAACUCCUC